CGCUGAGCAAGAGGAGGAGGAGGAGGAAGAAGAGGCGAGGCACCAUUUGCUGCUCCGUGCCCCAGCCAUGGAGAACGCUCACACAAAGACUGUGGAGGAAGUUUUGGCUUAUUUCGGCGUCAACGAAAGCACUGGGCUCAGCUUGGAGCAAGUGAAGAAGCUGAAGGAGAAAUGGGGCUCUAACGAAUUACCAGCUGAGGAAGGAAAGACCUUACUCGAACUUGUGAUUGAACAGUUCGAAGACUUACUAGUCAGAAUUUUGUUACUGGCAGCUUGCAUAUCUUUUGUCCUGGCCUGGUUUGAAGAAGGUGAAGAAACAAUCACAGCAUUUGUAGAGCCAUUUGUAAUCUUACUUAUAUUGGUAGCCAAUGCAAUCGUGGGAGUGUGGCAGGAAAGAAAUGCUGAAAAUGCGAUUGAAGCUCUUAAAGAAUAUGAACCUGAAAUGGGCAAAGUAUAUCGACAAGAUCGAAAAAGUGUACAGAGAAUCAAAGCCAGAGACAUUGUCCCAGGUGACAUUGUAGAAGUGGCAGUUGGAGACAAGGUCCCUGCUGAUAUAAGAAUUACUUCCAUCAAAUCUACCACUCUAAGGGUAGACCAGUCAAUUCUCACAGGUGAAUCUGUAUCUGUUAUUAAACAUACUGACCCUGUGCCUGAUCCUCGUGCUGUGAACCAAGACAAGAAGAAUAUGCUUUUCUCUGGUACUAACAUUGCUGCUGGUAAAGCUAUGGGAGUCGUUAUUGCAACAGGAGUAAACACAGAAAUUGGCAAAAUUCGUGAUGAGAUGGUGGCUACUGAGCAAGAGAGAACUCCACUCCAACAGAAACUGGAUGAGUUUGGAGAGCAGCUGUCUAAAGUCAUCUCGCUGAUCUGCAUUGCUGUUUGGAUAAUAAACAUUGGUCACUUCAACGAUCCAGUUCAUGGUGGCUCCUGGAUUCGAGGUGCUAUCUAUUACUUUAAAAUUGCUGUAGCUCUUGCUGUUGCUGCUAUUCCUGAGGGUCUGCCUGCUGUCAUUACCACCUGCUUGGCUCUUGGGACCCGCAGAAUGGCCAAGAAGAAUGCGAUUGUUCGAAGUCUUCCCUCGGUGGAAACCUUGGGGUGCACCUCAGUUAUUUGUUCUGACAAGACUGGUACUCUGACCACGAAUCAGAUGUCAGUUUGUAGGAUGUUUGUCCUGGACCGAGUAGAAGGAGAUAGCUGUUCUCUGAAUGAAUUUACUGUAACAGGUUCGACAUACGCUCCAAUGGGAGAAGUGCAUAAAGAUGACAAACUUAUUAAAUGUAGCCAAUACGAUGGCCUUGUGGAACUUGCAACGAUCUGUGCACUCUGUAAUGAUUCCUCUUUGGAUUACAAUGAAGCUAAGGGCGUAUAUGAAAAAGUUGGUGAAGCGACAGAGACGGCACUUACCUGUCUGGUUGAGAAAAUGAAUGUGUUUGACACCGACUUGAAAGGACUUUCUAGAAUUGAACGUGCAAAUGCUUGCAACUCGGUGAUAAAACAACUUAUGAAGAAAGAGUUCACUCUGGAGUUCUCAAGAGACAGGAAAUCAAUGUCUGUCUAUUGCACACCGAACAAACCAAGCCGCACAUCCAUGAGCAAGAUGUUUGUUAAGGGUGCCCCUGAAGGUGUGAUUGACAGAUGUACGCAUGUCCGUGUUGGAAAUGCUAAGAUACCUUUAACAUCAGGAAUUAAGCAGAAAAUAAUGUCUGUUAUUAGAGAGUGGGGAACUGGCAGAGACACACUGCGCUGCUUGGCUCUAGCAACCCAUGACAACCCACCCAGAAAAGAAGAAAUGAAUCUUGAGGACUCCUCGAACUUCAUCACUUAUGAGACCAACUUGACCUUUGUUGGUUGCGUGGGUAUGCUGGAUCCUCCAAGAAUUGAAGUAGCUUCAUCUAUAAAGCUGUGUAAACAAGCUGGCAUUAGAGUUAUCAUGAUUACUGGUGAUAAUAAAGGCACAGCAGUAGCCAUUUGCCGUCGGAUUGGUAUCUUUGUGGAAGACGAAGAUGUUUCUACAAAAGCCUUUACUGGUCGUGAAUUUGAUGAGCUCUCACUAGCUGCCCAGAGAGAUGCCUGCCACCAUGCCCGCUGCUUUGCCCGUGUAGAGCCUUCCCACAAGUCUAAAAUUGUCGAGUUUCUUCAGUCUUUUGAUGAGAUCACAGCUAUGACUGGUGAUGGUGUCAAUGAUGCUCCUGCACUGAAGAAAGCAGAAAUUGGAAUUGCUAUGGGGUCUGGUACUGCAGUGGCUAAAACUGCUUCUGAAAUGGUUUUAGCAGAUGAUAAUUUCUCAACUAUUGUAGCUGCUGUGGAAGAAGGACGUGCAAUUUAUAAUAACAUGAAACAAUUCAUCCGUUACCUGAUCUCCUCCAACGUUGGAGAAGUUGUUUGCAUCUUCUUGACUGCUGCUCUGGGUUUUCCUGAAGCUCUAAUUCCUGUCCAACUGUUAUGGGUAAACCUUGUGACGGAUGGUCUCCCUGCUACUGCUCUGGGCUUUAAUCCUCCUGAUCUUGAUAUCAUGAAUAAGCCUCCCCGCAACCCCAAAGAGCCAUUGAUCAGUGGAUGGCUCUUCUUCCGUUACCUAGCUAUUGGAUGUAAGUAUCAAUACUUGUCCAUGUGCCAAUCCUCAGGAGAGGCCGAGAAAGACAAGCGCAGCCAUUUUCUGCAGUGCAAAGAGGACAACCCGGACUUUUCUGGUGUCGACUGUGUAGUUUUUGAGUCUCCAUAUCCAAUGACAAUGGCUCUUUCUGUUCUUGUCACUAUAGAGAUGUGCAAUGCUCUCAACAGUUUAUCAGAAAAUCAGUCCUUAAUGAGGAUGCCCCCGUGGGAAAAUAUCUGGCUGGUGGGAGCCAUUUGCUUGUCCAUGUCACUCCACUUCCUUAUCCUUUAUGUGGAACCGCUGCCAAUUAUCUUCCAGAUCACACCUCUGAAUGUGACACAGUGGCUGAUGGUGUUGAAAAUCUCACUACCUGUCAUUCUGCUGGACGAAACACUUAAAUAUGUGGCCCGUAACUACCUGGAACCUGGUAAAGAUAGUGUGCGGCCUGCCACCAAACCAUGUUCUUUGUCAGCAUGCACCGAAGGAGUUUCCUGGCCGUUUGUGUUCAUUACUAUGCCCCUGGUUAUCUGGCUUUACAGCACAGACACUAACUUUAGUGAUAUGUUCUGGUCUUGACUGACAUGGCGACAGUUUUACAUUCAAAGAAAAAGUUUAACUUAAUCAAUUUUUUUAUUGUUUAGAGCAACUGUCUAUUUCUGCUGAAUUUUCACAUGAACAUAUUUGCCGGUGAUGGAGGUUUCAUACUCUAGAUUUUGUUUUUUGCUUUUUUUCUGACUUCAGUGGGGGCAAUAUAUUCCUCUUUUAUACACAGUUAAAGUGUCCAUUGACAUGUACAGAGAACUAACACUAUUUUAUGCAAAUAUUUUUUUGUAGAUGAAAAGCAUGUACAGUGUUCUGUUCAAUAGUCUAUUCAUCUUGUAAAAAAAAAAAAUUUUUUGAGCCAGCGGACACUAUCAAACUAAAUUGGCAGCAGAUUUUAGGGAAUGAAUGUGUGUUGUCUAAAACUAAAAAAGCAUGUAACUGUUUGUCUUCUGCAUGAUCAUCCAAACUUAAUUUGUCAUACAGUCAGGUUUUACUCAUAAGCUGAAGUUUCUGCACUGGGUAGAGAGUAGUGCUACCUCGGUCAGGAUUUCUUCUCGGUUUGCCCCUCUUCCUGCUCCCUCUGGUUCUUGACUGUCCUUGUUUACACCAGUUUCUGUAUGAGGUAUGCCUAAUCCUGCUCGUGCAGAAAAUACCAUUCCAGGUGCAGCCUGCUGGGUUCUUCCAUACUCUCAACAUGCAUAGUUUUUUUUUUUUAAAGAUUAUUUAUUUAAGUGUCUAUUGUAUUUUAUUGUAACAGACCUUGUUUUGCCAGUGUUGCCCAUUAUGCAGGGAUAGGGAGAGCUACUUCAGUCUACUUAAAUCAAAAACAAGCCUUUUUAACCAACACAACCUAUUUGAAUUCCAAAAGAGGAUUUAAGUUUUAAUACCUUAUUUACAUGCCUCAGAUACCUUUUUUUUUUUUUUUUUUCCUUUUCUUUUCUUUUUCUUUACUUUUUCUUUUCUUUUCCCCCUUAAGAUCAAAACUUUUGUAAUCAGACCUGGAAAAAUACCUUGCACUGCAUUGUUUGCGAUUGGAUUUCCUACACUUAGGGCACUAAUGAUCAGUUGUAUACAUGGAGUUACUCUGCUGGCCUGUUGUUAGCCUGACUUGAAGUAACAAGCUCGUGUGUGUGUUUUGUAAAAUCUGUAAAUAGCACAUGACCAAAUUGAACAUAUUGUAUAGAACUAUUUUUAUUUUAAUGUGGCACUAACCACCUUCAUUAUUAUGAUAAAUGUUAAAGCAUGUUUUCAAAUUCAGUCCUGUAUCAACAAUGUGUAAGUCAUUAACAGUCCUAACUGUGGUGUUUUUCUCCAAUGCCUUCCAACUUUCAUCGACUAAACAAUACUGGAGUAAUCGCUUCCUAAACAAUUUUGCAGAAAUGUAAGGUUGUUUUGUUGCGUGCAUGUGUUUUUAGCAACACAUCUACCAAAACUUCUGCAUGUAUCAUGUAUAAAAGUUCUUUGCUUUCCCUAAAACAAAACUCAUUGUGUUCUCUGUGGAAGAAAUGUGUGGUACCAUUAGGACUUCAUUAUACAGAUGUACAGAUGUGCAAUAUAGCUUGCGGAAUUGGGAACUCUCUCCAGAGAAGUUUGGUUUCUUUGCUGCAUGGAGAAGAGUUUAUCCUUGAACAAGAAUUGCGGAGCUGUCAGCCAAUUUUCCAUAUUUCUGUAUGUAAAAUGUCAAGUUUAUAAAAUGUACAAUAUUGAAAUAAUGCAUGCCUUCAGUUGUAGACAAAUCUUUCUCUGUAUUGUAUCAUCCAAACAUACUUCUAUAUUACAGCUUAUGUACAAUGCUAUCCUAUUUAUAAAAUUCAUUGAAAAAAAUUACAAAUGUUGAAUGUUAAACUGUAAACCUCCAGUUCAUAACUUCAGAUUUUUUAUCAUGUGUGCAAAUCAAUCUAUUUUGCACUGUAAUGUAACUUAUUUAAAUUUAAGGCAGUAAGACAGAUGUUGGUGCAAUACAAAAUGUUGUGAUGCAUUUAUCUAAAACGCAACAACCAACUUAGCCAGUUGCCACAACUGCAUGUGUGACCUUUAGAAGCUGUAAAUAAGAUCGAUUGUCUCUUUACAUGCUGACAGUAACAAGCAUCACACCUAGUUUCAUUUGUAUCGGGUAAAUAAAUUUAUUCUACAAUAC